AUGGCACGACCAGCAUCUGGCAAUGACGCCGUAGACCGAACGAAGGCCUCUGCAAACGACGCGGCGAACAGGGCGAAGGAGGUCGCUAAUGAUGCAGCGAACAAGGCGGAUCGGGUCGCUAGGGAGAAUGGGAUCGCCAACCCUUCCGCCGUGUCCAUCGGACCAAUCUUCGCACCUCUCUACAUAGCCUUCAUCCCCCUCACAACCUACCUCUCCCGCACCGGCCUCAUCCGCGGAACUCUCAACCUAGCGCUCAACCUCAUCCCAGGCACGGCCCCGAACGCCGCCUCGUUGUCCACCGUAACCACCAACCCUCGCCCGCAUCCCCGCCCUAGCUGCCCUCUACACCUUCGCCACCUUCGGCGCCUCCGCGCCUUCUCCGCCGCCGGCCAAGCCAUGUCGCGCGCCGAGGGCCUCGACAACAACGAGCCCCGACGCCACACGCAGGAUAUGGAGGGGAUGCCGUAUCGGUUGCGGGCGGCGCAUCUGAAUCUGAUGGAGAACUUUCCGGGCUGGGCUGUGGCAGCGGCGCUGACGGCAAGUAUGGCGAGUGGGCUGGGGAGGGAGGAGCAGGAGGUCUUGACUGGGUUGUUGGGCUUUCAUGUGUUUUUGAAGCUUUUCAUCUAUUACCCAGCCUACCUCCUCAACUUCCCUCCGCCACGUACGCUGGCGCACGUUAUGGCGACGGCGAGCGUGAUUAAUGUUUGCUGGCGGAUCGCCAAGGGUGUUAGGAACUAG